AAAAGUCUAAGGCUUUGAAAAGAAAAAUACCUUUUUUAUUCAUCAAAAACGUGUGUGGUACUCCAUAAUCUGAACAAAUUAUAUAUUCACGCGUUAAUAAUUGUUGUAAUGUUUGCUGACAAAUUGUCCAAUUUGACAAAGUCAGUCUGACCAAAUCUUUCCUGAUGUUUCCUUCCUCUCUUCUCCAAAUCAUAGCUCAAAAUAAUGAACAAUAGAACACACCUUUCAUGAAAAAUGGAUUUGUUACAGAGGGCAAAGGUGUUUCGGCUAAAAUGCAGCCACCACAGCAAGUACUUGGUAGCCGAUGAAGACGAGGAACAAGUCAGACAAAGCCGUGAUAAGUCCUCGAGCAAAGCCCGUUGGGUUUAUGAGCUUGUUGAAGGGAAGAAAAAUGUGAUCCGCAUCAGAAGCGGCUGGAGCUACAGGUACUUAACCGCGUCUGACGACCCGUUUCUGCUAGGAAUGACAGGAAAAAAGGUUUUACAGACAAUCAGCCACGGUCCCAUUAUAGAGUGGGAGCCAAUCAAAGAAGGGCCUUAUAUCAAACUGAAAAGCCAUAAAGGGAGUUAUCUAAGGGCUAACCCAAGGGUACCUCCCUGGAGGAAUUCUGUAACCCAUGAUGAACCCGGAAAUUGGGCUGUCACUGAUAACAUGAUCCUGUGGAUUGUCGAUAUUGUUGAGAUCGAUUAUCAGUUUUCGGGAGUGGCUGAUGAUGGUUCUACUGAAUUAAUGGAGGACAAUAGGGAAAGCAAUGUUUCUUCCGUGUCGAGUGAUAUAGGAGAUCAUAAAUCUAUGUAUUCUGGCUUGGAAGAUGAACUUAAUGACACCAAAGGCACAGGAGCAACUUCAGCUAAAUCUAACUCGGAACACAUUCAUCAAGUAGAAGUCGAAAUGGCUAAGAAAACCCUCAAAGAGCUAAAAGAUCUGGAUUUCCAUACCAUCCUAACUUCACAAAGGGGAGAAAAGCUGGAAAAGGUCGUAAAGGUGCUUAUUGCUGAUGCAAAAUCCCAAGGCAGAAUCCCUGGUGACCUAAUCAAUUUACAAGGGCAACUUAAGGUGAUGCAGAAUGAACAUGUUUCAGCCUCCCAGAAUUUGAUCAAGUACAAUAGUUUCUCUACUAGAAAAUCGGAGAUUAUGGCUGAACUUAAGAGGGAUGCUGCUCAAGCUCGUGAGCUAGAGACACUUCAGGGCGAGUUACAAACUGCAAGAAAUGCAAAAGAGGAAUUGGUGAAGCAACUUGAAGAAGUUGAAAAUAUCAUUACGGACUUGGAGAAAGCCCAAGCUGACAAUUUGGCUGAUGCUGAAGAGCUGAUAUCGAGAAUGGGACAGAAAAGCCAGAAACUCGAGGAGAUGAAAAACGAGGAAGGAGCUUGGCAAGUGAGGAGAACUGAGGCCAACAGAAUGCUGGAAAGAGUUGAGGAAGAUUGGGUGAAGAUUAAAACAAUGUUUCUUGCUGACUGACGGUUCAUUUUGGCCUACGCGUCUGUGCAGAAGGCAGUAGGGACUAGGGACCAAUGUUUUCAUGCUUCUGAUGAUAUUAGACCAUUCUUUGUUCCGACUUCUACGUCAUACCUUCAGUUGUACAUAUUGAUAGCAAAGAUAGUAGUACUUUCCAUCAUUGUUCAUUCUAUAAUAUUUUCCUAUACAAGUUUGUCUUUAAAUUCUA